AUGACUCGUCCGGUUUUGAUGAGAGCACCGCCUGUGACACGGAGGCAACCAGUUUUGUUAUCGGAGGAUCCGAAGACAGCGAGGAAAGGGAACAAAUUCGGGGCAGUGGUCGGUGGGACCGUGGCGGAGUGCACGGCUGUGUUUUGCUGCUGUCCAUUUAGCGUUAUGGAGCUGCUUGUUUUGGGUCUUUAUAAGGUUCCUGCCGGGCUUUGCAAGAAGGUUUGGAAAAGGAGGAAACGACAGCGUUUGAUGAAAAAGAAUCCGGGCUUUUUGGGUCCGGCUAAGGUUGGGCCCCCGAGGGCAGAGUUGGAGGCUGAGCCGGAUCAGGUAGUGGGGAAAGGGGCCCGAUGUGGGGACGAUCAGGAUGAUGGGUGCGCGGGAGCCGUUCAUUUGGAGAAGGAGAUGUGGGACCGGUUUUAUGGGACUGGAUUUUGGAGGAGUCCUUCGCAGAGGGAGACGUGA